AUGGACCCCCCGGCCGAAGACAUGCUGGUGGCCAUCCGGCGCGGCGUGCGCCUGCGCAGGACCGUCACCAACGACAGAGAUGCCACUCCAUGGGGACAGCAUGGGGGCUCUUCCCGAGGCUCGGGGUCUCACCACUGCCUUCCCCUCUUGCAGAGCUCCUACCCCAUCUGGGAGGACUUCAACUCAAAGGCCACCAAGCUGCACUCCCAGCUCAGGACCACGGUGCUGGCUGCGGUCGCCUUCCUGGAUGCUUUCCAGAAAGUGGCUGACAUGGCCACCAACACUCGAGGGGCCACGAGGGACAUCGGCUCCGCGCUGACCCGUAUGUGCAUGCGGCACCGCAGCAUCGAGGCCAAGCUCCGGCAGUUCACCAAUGCCCUGAUGGAGAGCCUGAUCAACCCUUUGCAGGACAGAAUUGAGGACUGGAAGAAAACUGCCAACCAGUUGGACAAGGACCACGCAAAAGAGUACAAGCGAGCCCGCCACGAGAUCAAGAAGAAAUCCUCUGACACACUCAAGCUGCAGAAGAAGGCUCGUAAGGGUCAGCUGGGGAAAGGGGACCUGCAGCCCCAGCUGGACAACGCGCUGCAGGACGUCAAUGACAUGUACCUGCUGCUGGAGGAAACGGAGAAGCAGGCAGUGCGCAAGGCGCUCAUUGAGGAGCGGGGCCGCUUCUGCACCUUCAUCACCUUCCUGCAGCCCGUGGUGAACGGGGAGCUCACCAUGCUGGGGGAGAUCACCCACUUGCAGGGCAUCAUCGAUGACCUGGUGGUGCUCACCGCCGAGCCCCACAAGCUGCCCCCUGCCAGCGAGCAGGUGAUCAAGGACCUGAAGGGCUCCGACUACAGUUGGUCCUACCAGACCCCUCCAUCAUCGCCCAGCAGCUCCAGCUCCCGCAAAUCGAGCAUGUGCAGUGUCAGCAGUGCCAAGGGUGGCCUCCCGUGGCCCGGGGGGGCUCAGACCUGCUCACCCAGCUCCACCUAUCGCUACCGCAGCCUGGCCCAGCCGGCCAGCGCCGGCACGCGCCUCUCCAGCGUCUCCUCGCACGACUCCGGCUUCAUCUCCCAGGAUGCUGCCUACUCCAAACCACCCUCCCCGAUGCCCUCAGACAUCACCAGCCAGAAGUCCUCCAGCUCAGCGUCCUCAGAGGCCUCAGAGACGUGCCAGUCGGUCAGCGAGUGCAGCUCCCCCACCUCGGAUUGGUCCAAGGCCAGCCCCUAUGACCAGCCCGUGGUCAGCACCCUACAGCGGCGAAAGGACCGCGUGGAGCACCUGCGGGAAGCCGAGAUGGGCUCAGCCAGCAGCGUGUACCCGGCCAUGGGCAGCGAGGAAGCUCCCAGACCCCGAAUGUCACCGGCCACCAUUGCAGCCAAGCAUGGCGAGGAGGUGUCCCCCGCCGCCAGCGACCUGGCCAUGGUGCUGACACGGGGGCUGAGCCUGGAGCACCAGAAGAGCAGCCGGGACUCACUGCAGUACUCCAGUGGCUACAGCACGCAGACCACCACCCCAUCCUGCUCCGAGGACACCAUCCCUUCCCAAGGUUCUGACUACGACUGCUACUCGGUGAACGGCGACGUGGAGUGCGACCCUCAGAGCGACUUCGACAAAUCCUCAACCAUCCCUCGCAACAGCAACAUCGCCCAGAACUACCGCCGUAUGAUCCAGACCAAGCGGCCCGCCUCCACCGCCGGGCUGCCCAGCGGCACCAACCUGCCGGCCGGCAGCACCCCCGGGGUGGCCACCAUCCGCCGCACGCCCUCCACCAAACCCUCGGUCCGCCGUACCCUCUCCAACGCUGGCCCCAUCCCCAUCCGCCCACCCAUCGUCCCCGUCAAGACCCCAACGGUGCCCGAUUCCCCCGUCUACGCCGGCCCGGCGCGGGUGGGCAGCGAGGAGUGCGUGUUUUACGCCGAGGAUGCCUCACCCAACCCAAUGGAUUUUGCCAAAGCGUCGCCCAAACGCUUGAGCCUCCCCAACGCUGCCUGGGGCGGCGGCGUGGCCGAGAUCUCGGUGUACGCCGGCGCGGCGCAUCCGAUGGCCGCCGAUGAAGAGGAGGACCAGCAGUUGGCCGCCAACCGGCACAGCUUGGUGGAGAAGAUCGGCGAGCUGGUGGCUGGUGCCCACGCUCUGGGAGAAGGCCAAUUCCCCUUCCCCACCGCGCUGGAGGAGACGCCCGCCGAUGGAGACGGCGGAGAGGAGUGCGGAGCCCUCGCGUUUCCCGUCCUCACCGUGGGGCGGCGGGCACGGGGAGAGCACCGGGAGCCGGGAGCCGGCACCGGGCGGCCGCCUGAGCCCAAACAUCAACACCGGAUCGGGACCGGAGCCCCAGACCGGAUUAUCGGAGCUCUAAACCGAGAAGCGGAGCUCCGAUAUCAGCCCCGGAUCGGUUACCGGAGCUCCAUACCGGGCACCCGGAGCCCCAAACCGGGCAUCCAAAGCUCCGAACCGGGCACCGGAGCCCCGACAUCGGCCCCAGAUCGGUACCGGAGCUCCAAACCGAGCGCUCGGAGCCCCGAUAUCAGCACUGGAUCGGUACCGGAGCUCCAUAUCGGCACCCGGAGCCCCAAACCGGGCUGA